AUGCAAUGUUCAAAUAUCAAAAACAUCCUUGUUCUAUCAUUUGGAAUAUUACUUUUAUAUACUGCAUACAUGGGGCUUCAGACUCUGCAGAGUAGCAUGAAUCAGAUCGAAGGACUUGGUGUUGCUUCACUAAGUGUGAUGUAUGUGACCCUCAGUCUCUCUUCAUUAUUCCUCCCUCCUCUACUGAUAAAGAAAAUUGGUUGCAAGUGGACCAUUGUGGCUUCUAUGUUUUGCUUCAUUUCCUACAGUCUCUGCAAUUUUUAUUCAAGCUGGCCAACGCUGAUCAUUUCCUCUAUACUUGUUGGAAUAGGAGGAGGGCCGCUAUGGGCAAGCAAAAGCACUUAUAUUACAAUAAUCGGAAGCAAAAAUGCAGAAACAUGUGGCAAAAUAUCUAAAGAUGUUGUAAACCAGUACUUUGGUUAUUUUUUUCUAAUUGUUCAAACAUGUCGUGUUUGGGGAAAUCUCAUCUCUUCGUUGGUAUUCAACUUAACACCAAAUGCAGGUCUGAAUACUCCAAAUCAAACUAUUUGUGGAGCAGGUGACUGUCCAAAUGAGUUGACUCAGUCUGGAAAUAAUACAGCAGAUCGCCCAUCAAACACUGUUAUUUACAUUCUCCUGGGCUCUUACACAGGCUGCGGAGUUCUAGCAGUUUUGAUGAUAAUUAUAUUCUUGGAUCAAAUAGAAGGAGAUAAAGAUGAAAAAGCAGCUAAAGCCUGUUCCACACUUCUGUCAGCACUCAAGCAUCUCCGUGACAAGAGACAAUGUCUGCUCAUCCCACUCACUAUGUUUAGUGGUUUUGAACAAGGUUUUAUUGCUAGUGACUUUACCAAGUCUUACGUGACCUGUAUCCUGGGACUUAAAUAUGUGGGAUUUGUAAUAAUCUGCUUUGGUGUUACUAAUGCAUUAUGUGCAGUUAUCUUUGGAAAACUCACACAAUAUACUGGAAGGAUUCCUUUGUUUUUACUUGGAGCAGCUAUAAAUAUUGGUUGUAUUAUUGGCUUCUUGAUAUGGAAACCGACAGCUGGCAAUUUUGCUGUAUUCUUUGUCAUGUCUGGUCUCUGGGGAAUUGCAGAUGCAGUGUGGCAGACACUACUAAGCUCUUUAUAUGGUGUACUGUUUGAAAAGAAUAAAGAAGCUGCCUUUGCCAAUUUCUCUCUUUGGGAAUCUCUUGGAUUUGCCAUUGCCUUUGGGUACAGUUCAUUUUUAUGUGUUUAUAUCAAGCUGUAUGUAUUAAUGUGUGUUGUAGUGGUUGGAAUUUUGCUUUAUGGAGCAGUGGAAUAUAUAGAAUACGGGAAUGCUACUGCAACGAAUGAAGAAGGUCCCAAAGAUACAGAUACAGCAUAA